AUGUUAUCUGUAGCAAGUCCUAGUUUUAACAGGCACAAAGGUCAAGAAGAGGCAAAACAUCCUUUUUCUUCUUAAAAAUCAGAGUAAAGCUUAUCAAAAGGAUAUUAGCAAAGCUCCUAAAUAGUAAGCACAUAGUUUUCGAACCAAAAUUCUCAGUAAAAGGAGAAUGAAUUAGAGUAGAGGAUAAAGAAAUUUCAAAGUAGCUUAUUGAAGAUAAAAGGUUCAGAUGUGCCUUAGUAAAACUAGGUUUUGCACUCUCCUCUGUUUAAAAAGAAAAGUGGUUCCAACAUGAGUUAGAUUUCACCCAAUUCAACGAAUACAGUUUCCCUGCUUAGUAGUUAAAGAGCAAAAAGUUAGUUUGAGAGUUAAUAAGAGUAAAGUAACUCAAUUAAACUAAGGAGAAUUGUGAAGAAUUUAAAAGGGGAGUUAUUAGAAUAAAAAGAAGUUACAGUCAAGAAAGAUAACAAUCACGUAUAUCAAAGCGUUUAUAGUUAAAGCUAAUUAGCUAGUACAUAAAAAAAUCUAAUCAACGAUUCCUAUAACCCAAGAGGACUAAAAUCUCUAGGUAACAAAGUAAACUCGUUUGCAACAUUGUAGGAAUACAAUAAUAGCUUAGAUUUUACUAAUCCAAAUUAUAGCCUUGUUAAUGAAAAGUUGGUUUCGCCCUAAGUAAAAUACAACUUAAAGUUGUUAAAAAAUAGCUUAAAUUCAAACACGUAUGACCAAGUAUUAAAUGACUUGGUUUAAAACAAGAUGAAAGUCAAAAGAAGCUUCUCCAAUAAUUUAAUCAAAAAAAAAUUUCUUAAACCAAUUAAAAAAGAAGAAAAUUCAAUCACAGCAGCAGUAGCUGACUCAAAGGUAAAUGUAAAUAACUCCAUAAUUGUCUCAAAGGAUACUAAAAGAAAUGUGAACAGGAGCAUAAGCCAAGAGCAUAUAAUUAAAAAUGAAAAGAUGACAGAAAAUGACUAGCAUAAAGAGAACAACAUUUUGCAUAAUUCGCAUUUAGAACUUCAAGAAUAAAAUUAAGCAGAGGUUUCUGAUUUCGAAAAUUUACUCACUGAGGUUAAACAAGAGGAAAAAAUAUCUCAGAUUAAUGAUGAAGAAGUAAUCAGUGAAUACCAAGUGAAAUUAAGUAAUAAAAAUUUUACUGAUAAGUAAAGCGAAUAAUAGUAUUCGCCUUCACAAGUUAGAUACUCCUAAGAAAACCUAACUGAAAGCACUCUUUCUCAUGAAUAAGAAAUGAUUUAAUAUCUAAUGCAGACCUAACCAAACUAUUUUGAUCAUAAGGCUGGGAAGUGUCUUUGUUCUUUAUGUAGUUGUGGGUCUUGCAUUACUAAAUGCAAGUAAUUAUCAUAGUACCUUGAUACCAAUUUAAAGUAAAGCUGGACUUCCACUUAUAGAUAAGCUUUUAAAUAAAGAGCAAAUGACAUAGAUUCAAAAUCUAUUGACUCUUUGAAUUAACUUAAAAUGUAAUAUAAAAGCUAAUUAGAUGGAUAGAAAGAGCUUUACUGUUCUACUACCAAGAAUGAUUAUAAGAUGAGAUUAUCAUUAGAAGAUCCUUUUAAAAUAAAAUAAAAAACUUAUACUGAAAAUAAAGCUCCUAUCUCUUGUCUUUCGUCUUAUAAUAGUUAGUUUGUUAAUUGGGGUAUUCCAAGUGUCAAUCUGAUUAAGCAAUCUUAACAAAAGACUGUCUUAGAUAAGCUACCAUUCAACCAUAUCACUACUUAUGAAUAAAAUUUUCAGAAAAAAUUCGAUGCCACUCCAAGCAAAAAGUGUGUCCCAAAAAAUAUGAACCCACUUCCUAACAUAGGAAUCUUUAUCGGUGAAUCAACUACACAAAGAUACUUUGAUGAGAAAAAAAAUAACUUCUUUUAGCUUCCAACUAAACGUUAACAUAGUCCUCCUGAUUAAACUCCAUCUUACUCAGGUUAAUUUAAAUCAGAAACGUAAAAAGCAUUUGAAGGAGCAACAGAAAAAUGCUUGGCUAAGGAGAUCUUAAAGAAGAAGUUAAUUGAAAAAUUGUAAAAUAAAAUCUUAGACAAAAGCAGAUAUUACCAAGGAAAGAAAGAGAUUUGA